AUGCAGUCAAUCUUUGCCCUUCUCGUUGCCCUUGCGGCCUCGGCCUUGGCCGACGUCCACUUUAACGCCGCCAUGCCCGUCCUCGCCGCCCGCGAUGAUGCCCCUCAGGCCAGUGCAACCAAGCCAUCCAUAAACCCCGAGUGCAAAUCGGUCCUCAAGACCUUCCCAACGCCCCCUCCCGAGAUCAAGUCCGAGUUUAAGAAGAGCUGGCCCACCAACCCGUGCGACUUUAGCACCCCGGCCAGUCUCAGUACUCAGGUUGCCUCAUACAGCUCCGCGGUCUCCGCAUGGGGCACCGAGAACAAGGAGAAGCUCAGUGUCUGCUCCAACUUCUCGAAGUUUAGCGCCUUUACCGAUUGCAACAAGCAGCCGGGCACCGAACCUACCAAGGUUUCCGCCGCAGCGGCUGCCGUUACCGAGAACACUAGUAUGAGCGGCAUGAGCGGCAUGAGCGACGCGACCAAGUCUGGCAACGCCGCUAACCGCCAGCCCGGCAUGGCCGUGGCAGCCGUGGCGGCCGCUGGUUUCGCCCUUGUCCUAUGA